AUGUCAUCAUUUCAAUUACAGAAUUCCGAAGUGUUGGCUCGUCUAAAGCCAUUUGGGAUCCUGUUUGAAAAAUCACUUAACGAUUUAAUUAAAGGUAUCCGAGCACACUCCAAAGAAUCACCGGAAAGUUUGGCAAACUUUUUAGAUGUAGCUAUACAAGAGUGUCGAAAUGAGUUAAGUACAACUGACUUGGAAACAAAGGCAAUUGCCAUUCUUAAACUUGCAUACUUGGAAAUGUAUGGGUUUGAUAUGUCAUGGUGUAACUUUCAAAUUCUUGAAGUAAUGUCUUCAAGCAAGUUUCAACAAAAAAGAAUUGGGUAUUUGGCUGCUAUACAAUCAUUUAAGAACGAACAAGAUUUACUUAUAUUGGCUACCAAUCAGUUUAAAAAGGAUCUUAAUUCCCAUAACCAUGUUGAUAUCGGCUUGGCUUUAAGUGGAAUUGCCACAAUUGUUACUCCUAAUUUGGCCAAAGAUAUUAAUGAUGAUGUAUUGAUGAAGCUAAACCAUUCCAAACCUUACGUUAGAAAGAAGGCUAUUUUAGCAAUGUACAAGAUAUUCUUACAGUAUCCAGAGAGUUUAAGAUUAAAUUUUCACAGAGUCAUUGAAAAAUUGGACGAUGCAGAUGUGGCAGUGGUAAGUGCUACUGUUAAUGUUAUUUGUGAGAUAUCUAAGAAGAAUCCAAAUAUAUUUAUUAAUUACUUGCCAAAAUUUUUUGCAAUUUUGGAGGAUACAAAAAAUAAUUGGUUAAUCAUACGAAUUUUGAAAUUGUUUCAAAGCUUGUCAAAAGUAGAACCAAGAAUGAAGAAGAAAAUUCUUCCAAGUAUUAUUGAUUUGAUGGUUAAAACGCAAGCUUCAUCCUUAAUUUACGAGUGUAUCAAUUGUAUUGUCAAUGGAAACAUGCUUUCACAUGAUUCCUAUAAAGAUCAAGAAACUGCUAAACUUUGUGUCAACCAGUUGAUGAAUUUCUUCAAAACCAGGGACUCCAAUUUGAAAUUUGUUGGGUUGAUUGCAUUGAUCAAUAUUUUAAAGAUAUUCCCAGUCUUUAUGACCAAUGUGGAUGGUGUUUCUGCAGUUGUCUUGGAUUGCUUGAAUGAUCGAGACUUGAUUAUCAAAAGGAAAGCAUUAGAGGUUUCGAAUUAUCUCGUAGAUGAAGACAACAUCACUGACGUGGUUAAGACCAUGUUGCUUCAGUUAGUUCCAAGUGAUGCCCUAGUUGACGAUUCGUUGAAAGUGGAAGUAACAAUGAAGAUUCUUCAAAUUGCAUCUCAAGAUAAUUAUGCAAACAUUCCAAACUUUAGAUGGUAUGUUGCUGUAUUGAAAGAUAUUGUGAACUUGACAUUAUUACCAGUACCAAACUCCUCUGGAAAUACUGGUGCUAUUUCACCUGUGGUUGCAAAUGAGAUUGCUGUUGCGCUUGGAAAUGAAUUUAAGAAUUUGGCAACUAAAGUUCCAUCCAUUAGGGCAUAUUUGUUGAAAAAAGUAGUCAUAGAAUUUGUGCAAGAUGUAAGAAUUAUGGAAUCGUCGUCGUUGAUUCUUCAAGACCUUUAUUGGAUAUUGGGUGAAUAUAUUGGCGAAUUGAAUAUCACUAGCGAAAAUGAUGAUGACGAAGACAAUGAUGAAGAAGAACAAGAGUCGGGUUCGGUCCUGAAUUUAGAUGAAAAAAUCAAAGUUUUCAAUACGUUGAUAAACCACAAGAUUGACAGUGACUUAGGAUUGACGAUCAAUUCCCAUUUUCCUAUCUCUGCAGAACUUGUUAAUUUACCAUAUCAAUCAGUCAUAACGGUUUUGAUACAAAACUUUGGUUAA